CUUUCACCGUCGCCCUCAACAUCGACGACGAUGAGUUCGUUCAUUCGCCCUCCUCCGGGCUUGCCGCCCCCACCUCCAGGCAUGCCACCACCACCAGGAUUUCCACAAGCAUCUACCUCAAAGGUUCCUCCCGAAGUCCUUGCGCAAAAGUCGCAGAAAUGGGUGUCCAUGCAGAAAAAGCGCUACGGCGAAAAGCGCAAAGGAGGAUAUGUUGAUAUGGGAAAACAGGAUUUGCCUCCGGAGCACGUCCGUAAAAUUAUCAAGGACCACGGUGACAUGAGCAACCGCAAGUUUCGCAAUGAUAAGCGCGUCCACCUCGGCGCCUUGAAAUACGUCCCUCACGCUGUAAUGAAGCUGCUUGAAAACAUCCCAUACCCCUGGGAGCAGGUUCGCGAGGUGCCCGUCCUUUAUCACAUCACUGGCGCAAUCACUUUCGUCAAUGAGAUCCCUCGCAUUAUCGAACCUGUUUAUCAUGCCCAAUGGAGUUCCAUGUGGCUAGCCAUGCGUCGAGAGAAGCGUGAUCGCAGACAUUUCAAGCGUAUGCGCUUCCCACCUUUUGAUGAUGAAGAGCCACCGUUGGAUUAUGGUGAUAACGUACUGGAUGUUGAGCCUCUUGAAGCCAUUCAGCUGGAGCUCGAUUCAGAGGAAGAUUCUGCCAUUAUUGAUUGGUUUUACGACCCAAAGCCGCUGGUGGACACACCUGCAGUCAAUGGUCCCUCAUAUCGUUAUUGGCAGCUCACACUACCCGUCAUGGCGAAUUUAUAUCGUCUUGGGAGAACCCUAUUGUCAGACCAACCUGAUAGCAAUGCAAGCUAUCUUUUCGACAAGAAAUCCUUCUUCACCGCAAAAGCUCUCAACUUGGCAAUUCCUGGAGGGCCGAAGUUUGAGCCAUUGUACCGUGACAUGGAUGCUUUUGACGAAGAUUGGAACGAGUUCAAUGAUGUCAAUAAAGUUAUCAUUCGUCAACAAAUCCGUACCGAGUACAAGGUCGCCUUCCCGCAUCUCUAUAACUCCCUCCCGCGCUCUGUUCACCUCUCUCCAUAUCAUGCGCCCAAGAAUGUCUAUAUUCGCACUGAUGAUCCCGACCUACCCGCCUUCUAUUUCGACCCACUCAUCAACCCUAUCUCCCUGCGCGGCGCUACUCCCAAGAACGCACCGCUCGUCUCUCAUGAAGACUCUAUCUUCGGUCCGAACGGCGCCGACGACGACGACGACUUUGAGUUGCCCGAUGAUGUGCAGCCAUUCCUUGAAGACAAGCCUCUCGAGAACGACCUCACUGCUGAUGGUAUUGCUCUAUGGUGGGCGCCUGAGCCUUAUAAUCGGCGCUCUGGUCGCAUGCGUCGUGCGCAGGACAUACCUUUGGUGAAGAACUGGUAUUUGGAGCACUGUCCUCCCAACCAGCCAGUCAAAGUUCGCGUAUCGUACCAGAAGUUGCUCAAGUGCUUCGUCCUCAACGAGCUCAAGAGUCGACCUGAGAAGGCGAUGACUAAAAAGAAUCUCUUCCGGCAGUUGAAGGCGACGAAGUUCUUCCAAACGACAAAGCUUGACUGGGUGGAAGCCGGUUUGCAGGUGUGCAGACAAGGGUAUAACAUGCUUAACCUUCUCAUUCACAGAAAGAAUUUGAACUACUUACAUCUCGACUAUAACAUGAACUUGAAACCAGUGAAGACGCUUACUACAAAGGAGCGCAAAAAGUCUCGCUUCGGAAAUGCCUUCCACUUGUGCCGCGAGAUUCUGCGUCUUACAAAACUUGUUGUUGAUGCCCAUGUUCAGUUCCGCCUUGGCAAUGUUGAUGCUUUCCAGCUCGCAGACGCACUGCAGUAUAUCUUUGCGCACAUUGGGGCAUUGACUGGUAUGUAUCGGUACAAGUACAAGCUCAUGAGACAAGUUCGCAUGACAAAAGACCUCAAGCACUUGAUCUACUACCGCUUUAAUACUGGCCCUGUCGGCAAGGGUCCUGGAAACGGGUUCUGGGCUCCUGGCUGGCGUGUCUGGCUUUUCUUCAUGCGAGGCAUCGUACCGCUACUCGAGCGCUGGCUCGGUAACCUCCUCGCGCGUCAGUUCGAGGGACGCAACAGCAAGGGCAUCGCGAAAACUGUGACAAAGCAACGUGUCGAGUCUCACUACGACCUCGAGUUACGUGCGGCUGUCAUGCACGACAUUCUCGACAUGAUGCCCGAGUCCAUUAAACAGAACAAGUCGAAGACGAUUCUGCAGCAUCUGUCGGAGGCGUGGCGUUGCUGGAAGGCGAACAUCCCAUGGAAAGUUCCUGGUAUGCCCACUGCGAUUGAGAACAUUAUCCUACGGUACAUCAAGAGCAAGGCUGACUGGUGGUGCUCGGUUGCGCAUUAUAAUCGGGAGCGUAUCCGUCGGGGUGCUACGGUUGAUAAGGCAGUAGUGAAGAAAAACCUGGGUCGGCUGACUCGUCUGUACUUGAAAGCAGAGCAGGAGAGGCAGCAUGGGUACUUGAAGGAUGGGCCAUACAUCAGUGCGGAGGAAGCUGUCGCAAUUUACACAGCGACUGUUCACUGGCUAGAGAGCCGCAAAUUUGCUCCUAUACCAUUCCCUCCUCUGUCGUACAAGCACGACACGAAGCUGCUUGUACUCGCACUUGAAAAGUUGAAGGAGGCUUACUCGGUCAAGGGUCGCCUUAACCAGUCGCAGCGUGAAGAGCUUGCCCUCAUUGAGCAGGCGUAUGACAAUCCGCAUGAAUGUCUGUCGCGCAUCAAGCGACUGCUUCUCACCCAGCGCGCGUUCAAGGAGGCUGGCAUUGAGUUCUUUGACACGUACGACAAACUCAUUCCGUGCUACGACAUCGAGCCUGUUGAGAAGAUUACAGACGCCUAUCUUGAUCAAUUCCUGUUCUUCGAGGCUGAUAAAAGAGGGUUGUUCCCUGCCUGGAUCAAACCUGCCGAUACGGAGCCACCGCCGUUGCUUGUGUACAAGUGGUGCCAGGGCAUCAACAACUUGACGGACAUCUGGGAGACGAGCGAGGGCGAGUGCAACGUGAUGAUGGAGACCGUCUUCUCCAAGGUGUAUGAGAAGAUCGACCUGACCCUACUCAACCGUCUCCUCCACUACAUCACUGCGAAGAACAACACGGUGUUGACCUACAAGGACAUGGCACACACGAAUGCAUUCGGUCUCAUCCGUGGCCUUCAGUUCUCUGCCUUCGUCUUCCAGUACUACGGUCUCGUCCUUGAUCUCCUCAUUCUUGGCUUGCAGCGAGCUAGCGAAAUGGCGGGUCCUCCACAGAUGCCUAACAACUUCUUGCAGUACCGCGACUCGGCGACAGAGACUCGUCACCCCAUCCGCUUGUACUCUCGUUACGUUGAUCGCUUGCACAUCCUCUUCCGCUUCAGCGCUGAUGAGGCGAGGGACCUGAUCCAACGCUAUCUUAGUGCCAACCCUGACCCGACCAACAACAACGUCAUCGGGUAUAACAACAAGCGUUGCUGGCCUCGUGAUUGUCGUAUGCGUCUCAUCAAGCAUGAUGUCAACCUCGGAAGAGCGGUCUUCUGGAACGUUAAGAAUAGCCUGCCGCGCUCACUCACCACCAUCGAGUGGGAGGACACCUUUGUCAGCGUUUACUCGAAGGACAACCCACAGUUGUUGUUCUCGAUGUGCGGCUUCGAGGUCCGUAUCUUGCCCAAGAUUAGGACGAUGGGUGGCGAACAGUUCUCGUUGAAGGAUGCCGUGUGGAAUCUCACCAACGAGCAGACCAAAGAGAGAACUGCGCAGGCGUUCCUGCGUGUCUCCGAUGACGGUGUCCAGCAAUUCAACAACCGUAUCCGUCAGGUCCUUAUGAGCUCUGGCUCCACCACGUUCUCGAAGAUCGUCAACAAGUGGAACACUGCGUUGAUCGGUUUGAUGACCUACUAUCGCGAGGCCGUCAUCCACACAAACGAGCUCUUGGACUCUCUUGUCAAGGCAGAGAACAAGAUCCAAACUCGUGUUAAGAUCGGCCUGAACAGUAAGAUGCCGUCCCGUUUCCCUCCUGUCGUUUUCUACACGCCGAAGGAGCUUGGUGGCCUUGGAAUGCUUUCGAUGGGUCAUGUUCUUAUCCCGCAGAGUGACUUGCGAUGGUCCAAGCAAACUGACGUUGGAGUUACACAUUUCCGUGCUGGUAUGACCCAUGAGGAGGACCAGUUGAUUCCGAACUUGUACAGAUACCUUCAGCCAUGGGAGGCAGAAUUCUUGGAUUCGGCUCGUGUUUGGUCCGAAUAUUCCAUGAAGCGGAAGGAGGCCAAUGCCCAGAACCGUCGCCUCACCCUCGAAGAUCUUGAAGAUAGCUGGGACCGCGGUAUUCCUCGUAUCAACACCCUCUUCCAAAAGGAUCGCCACACGUUGGCAUAUGACCGAGGUUGGCGUGUGCGUACGGAUUGGAAGCAGUACCAGUUGCUGAAACACAACCCCUUCUGGUGGACAUCUCAGCGCCAUGAUGGAAAGCUUUGGCAACUGAACAACUAUCGUGUUGAUGUCAUUGCUGCACUGGGCGGUGUUGAGGGUAUCUUGGAGCACACACUCUUCAAAGGAACUUACUUCCCCACAUGGGAGGGUCUCUUCUGGGAGAAAGCGUCUGGAUUCGAAGAGUCUAUGCGAUACAAGAAACUUACCAACGCCCAGAGGUCAGGUCUUAACCAGAUCCCUAAUCGUCGGUUCACGCUCUGGUGGAGUCCGACCAUCAACCGCGCCAAUGUAUAUGUCGGUUUCCAGGUGCAGCUUGACCUGACGGGUAUCUUCAUGCACGGCAAGAUCCCUACCCUUAAGAUCUCGCUGAUUCAAAUCUUCCGUGCGCAUUUGUGGCAGAAGAUUCACGAAAGUGUGGUCAUGGACUUGUGUCAGGUCUUCGAUCAGGAGCUAGAGCCUCUCCAGAUCGAGACAGUGCAAAAGGAGACUAUUCACCCUCGUAAGAGUUACAAGAUGAAUUCGUCUUGCGCCGAUAUCUUGCUGUUCUCGGCCUACAAGUGGAAUAUCUCUCGGCCUUCACUGGUUACAGAUAACAAAGACGUUUUGGAUGGCACGACUAGCAACAAGUACUGGAUCGACGUUCAGCUUCGUUGGGGCGACUUCGAUACUCAUGAUAUCGAGCGGUAUACUCGUGCCAAGUUCUUGGACUAUGUGUCCGACUCCAUGAGUAUCUACCCCUCGCCAACUGGUGUUAUGAUCGGCAUGGAUCUAGCCUAUAACCUGUGGUCUGCGUAUGGCAACUGGUUCCCCGGUAUGAAGCCUCUAAUCCAGCAGGCCAUGGCCAAGAUCAUGAAGGCUAAUCCUGCAUGCCACGUUCUGCGCGAGCGUAUUCGCAAGGGUCUCCAGUUGUACUCUUCUGAGCCCACGGAGCCUUACCUCAACAGCCAGAACUACUCAGAACUGUUCUCGAACCAGAUCAUUUGGUUCGUCGACGACACUAACGUGUAUCGUGUCACUAUUCAUAAGACAUUCGAGGGUAACUUGACGACCAAACCAAUUAACGGCGCUAUCUUCAUCUUCAACCCACGUUCUGGACAGUUGUUCCUGAAGAUCAUCCACACUAGUGUCUGGGCUGGUCAAAAGCGUCUCGGUCAACUUGCGAAGUGGAAGACUGCCGAAGAAGUGGCUGCAUUGGUUCGUUCGCUGCCUGUCGAAGAACAGCCGAAGCAGGUCAUCGUCACUCGCAAGGGCAUGUUGGACCCUCUUGAGGUUCACUUGCUUGAUUUCCCGAAUAUCGUUAUCAAGGGAAGUGAGUUGCAAUUGCCCUUCCAGGCAUGCAUGAAGAUGGAGAAGUUUGGUGACUUGAUCCUACGUGCUACACAACCUCAAAUGGUCCUGUUCAGCUUGUACGACGACUGGCUCAAGUCGGUGUCCAGUUACACCGCCUUCUCUCGUCUUAUCCUCCUCCUUCGUGGCUUGCACGUCAACAACGAGAAGGCGAAGAUUAUUUUGCAUCCGGACAAGUCGACCAUCACAGAACCACACUUCGUCUGGCCUACUCUUACAGAUGAUGAAUGGAUUAAGGUUGAGGUCGCAAUGAAGGAUCUUAUCUUGGCAGAUUUCGGCAAGCGGAACAGCGUCAACAUCGCGUCCUUGACUGCCAGUGAAAUUCGUGACAUCAUUCUUGGUCAAGAGAUUGCCGCUCCUUCCGUACAGCGCCAACAGAUGGCUGAGCUUGAGAAGAGUAACGAGGCACAGGGUCAAGUCACCGCUGUGCAAACUCAGACCACCAACGUUCACGGUGAUACGAUUCAGACCGUCACGACGACCAAUUAUGAACAGCAAGUGUUUAGCAGCAAAUCUGAUUGGCGUGUCCGUGCCAUCUCUGCUACGCAUCUUCCCCUCCGUCUGCAACAUAUCUAUGUCUCCAAUGAUGAUGUCAAGGACGACGCUGCUUCGUACACCUAUGUGUUGCCAAAGAACAUCCUGCGAGCAUUCAUCACUGCUGCAGAUCUUCGCACUCAGGUUGCGGCCUUCUUGUACGGUGUAUCGCCGCCAGACAACAAGCAGGUCAAGGAGAUCAAAGCAGUCGUAUGGGUACCUCAGCGUGGAAGCAACAAUAGCGUUGAGCUGCCCAACCAGUUGCCGAAGGACGACUUCCUCCUCAAAGAUCUCGAACCUCUUGGGUGGAUCAAGACUCAAGCGCUUGAGCUCAACCAUCUCUCUCCCACAGACGUCACCACCCAAGCCAAGUUGAUGGCUGACCACCCCGAGUGGAACUCCUCGUCAAUCUGUAUCGCUGCUUCCUUCACUCCUGGUUCAGUCUCCCUAUCUGCUCAUCAACUGACGGUACCUGGGUUCGAGUGGGGCCGCAAGAACGUGGAUAAUUCUGCCAACCCACCUGGCUUCAACCCUAAUAUGUCGGAGCGGGUGCAGCUCCUGUUGUCUGACCGUAUUCUCGGGAUGACGCUCGUGCCCGAAGGCAAAGUCUGGAACUACGGGAUUGGUCUUACCCAAUUGUGGUCGGCCAACUUGUCAUUUGCUGUAACACUAGACACGCCGCUGUUGUUCUGGGCAGAGGAUCACCGGCCCGCUGCGUUCUUGACGUUUGCGAACCUUGAGCAAGGGGAUGAUAGUGCUGAUGUUGAAAACAGUUUCGCUUGAUUUAUUACUGCUCUUCGUGUAAUUUGCUGUUUUCAUGUAGCUGCAUACGAAAAUCUCACUUGUAUGAAAUAGUUUACCCACACAAUAUUAUGCUGUUUUCUUUGCGCCUCA